UGUCGACUUUGGUGUCGACUUUCAUUUUUAUUAAACCACAGAUUAAACAUUACAUAGUUGCCAAAUUAGAUUAUGACAAAUUCCAAAUUUACUAUACACCCACUAUACACCUAAAUAUAAACAUAGCUCAAUCACUCGUUAAUCAAUAGAUACGCUAUUUACAAAAUAAUUUAAAUUUUAUCCAUUUUGCAAGACAGUUGGAACAUCGAAUUAUAAUUUAUUAUCUUAUUUUUAACACAAUUUGGCAACAAACUCUGACUCCCACUUUAAAAUUAGAAAUAUUUCGCCAUUUCAAUAAUUUCAGUAGGUAGCGAUUUUUUUUCUCACAAUAUUGAAAGUUUUAUUCAUUUAUUUUAUGUUAGAUUUUAAAGAUUAAACAAAAAAAUGGCUGAUUGUGAUUGCGGGGAUUGUGACUGCUGCUGUGACUGUUGUGACUGUGAUAAUUGUUGUGACGGACUUUGUGAACUGUCACUGUAUGCUUGUUUUCUUCAUUGCCUUGAAGGAUGCUGUGACGCUUUAUGUCCAGAUAAUUGUUGCUCAAAUAAUUCGGAACCUAGAAAGAAAAUUAAUAAUAAUUCAGAUGUAACACAAGCUCUUAAAAAUGAAGAAUCCAGGCCAGUAACAAUGCAACCACUUAGUUGUAAUAAAGCUCAAGAUAAAGAAAAACAGAAUUUUGAAGAGACUGAUGUCAAAGAAGAACUAGACAAAUCUAAAUUCCAUACUAAAGAUGGAAAUUUGACAGAAAACCAUACUGAAACAUACAAUAAAAAUCAUGAAUAAAAAUAAUUAAUAUUA